AUGUCGAAGAAAGAGAAGCUGACGGAUGAAGAGCUUUUCGCUCAAUUCGAGGGGUUGGAGGGCGAUGGCACCGCAGUCCAAGCCCCCAAACCAGCAACAGACGGCCAGCAAACAGAUGCAGAUCUCCUCGAAGAACUAGGCAUACCAGAGAGACCAAAGCCCAGCAGUCGCCCACAUACGCCUCGGCCACAGAGUACAUCAACAGCAUCGGGAACGAGGUCGUCUCCUAAGCUUACUCGAGCAGCUACACCUAGCUCUACCGAUGGCGCGCGGUCCAGUGAGGAGAAAGCACGUCUACGCAAGUCGGGAGACAGUACCCGAUCUUUCCAUAACAGCUUUACCCCGGCGAGCAGUGGAGAAGGGGAGAGUGAACCCGAGAAGUCUGCCUCUUUUGUGCCAGAAGCAGUGCAGGCGCAGAGCUCGGGUGGAGGAUGGUGGGGAAGCGUGUUCUCUACGGCGAGCGCUGCUGUGAAGCAGGCUGAAGCGUUGGCAAAGGAAAUCAGGCAGAACGAGGAGGCUCAGCGGUGGGCAGAGCAGGUCAAGGGCAAUGUGGGUGCUUUACGCGGUCUAGGCGGCGAACUUCGCUCUCGCGCCCUUCCAACUUUCUCAAACAUCUUGCACACCCUCGCUCCACCUAUCUCCUCGCAUGAGCGUCUACAAAUCCACAUCACCCACGACAUCGUCGGCUAUCCUUCACUCGAUCCCCUAAUUUAUUCUACCUUCUCCCGCGUCAUGGCACAAGUCGAGGGCGGCGAUCUCAUGGUCAUCCAGCGGGGGCAAGAAUCCACUCAGAGGCGCGGCGAGGAUGCGGGUUUCACAGGCUCAAGCAGCAGUGGCUGGAGCGAUGGGCCCUGGUGGAGGCAAGCGACCGAAGCUAGAAACUUGGGAGCCGUCAAGGGACUUGUAGAGGGAACCAAGCUCUCGAAAGUCAGCGCCGAGUCUUACGCAACUGACUACUUUGCGCCACGCGGUGGGUUGGAGGAAGCGGCCAAGCAGGCUACGGAGGUCCUGAGUGAAAGCAACCCAGUCCGCAGCAGCGACAUUUUCCUUGCCAUCCAAGCCAUCAGCCAGACCUCGCCCGAAGACUUCUUAGGCGGUCCAAAGUCUCAGCCAAAGGGUGAGGAAGGUGCUGUCGAGCCAGAAGAGGAUGACGAGCUAAUCUCCUUUGCUAUCUACCUCCACGAUCCUAUCCACGGCAUCACAUUCAACACCGUCACACAAACGCUGCCACAGAAAUGGACCGAGUGGCUUGACGCGUCCGCAACUUCCGAAUCAGCCGAGUCAGGCUUACCCGACGAGAUUGCGGAGAUUGUGAAUUCAGGUGGCGUAGAUCCGAGAGAGUGGGUUGCGGAGUGGGUUGAAGAAGUGCUUUCCCUGGGCGUGGGCGUUGUUGCGCAGAGGUACGUCGCUAGGAGGAUGGGUGUAGGUCUAGGUGGUAUCGGAAAGGGAAAGGCGAGACAGGAGGCGUUGGAGUCGGGUGGUGGAGAGGCGGCGAGGGCCGUUUGA